AUGGUGGUGAAACUUAUGCUUCCUAGUGAGAAGUUGUUAUUGGAUGGUGGUGAAAAGCUCUCGCCUGAGGAUACUACUCACUAUCGGAGUGUCGUUGGUGCUCUCCAAUAUUUGUCUCUGACACGUCCUGAUAUCUCCUUUUGUGUCAAUAGAGUGUACCAGUUCAUGUCCUCCCGGACUUCUGUACACUGUGUCAACAGAGUGUUGGCUUGUGUUUUACAAAGUCCAGCACUGAUUUUCUUAGUGCCUUCUGAUUGGGUCGGGAAUCCUGAUGACCGUCAAAGCACUGGAGGCUAUGCGAUUUUCGUUGGUGGCAAUCUUAUCUCCUGGAAUUCAAGGAAACAAUCAAAAGUUUCUUGUUCUAGUACGGAGGCCGAAUACAAGGCGGUUGAUGAUGCCAUUGCCGAAUUAAUCUGA